GAAGAAGUGGGUCGAGCGUCUGGGGGAAGAAGAUGACAGGGCGCGCAAAAAGAAAGCCCAAAUCCCUUCAGGAGUCGGGAGAAGGAAACGGAGAAGUGAAGAAAGUGCGUCCGGAUGAUGCGAAGGCCACGCGGCCGUCCGAGGCGUCGCCGCAGCGACGUGACGAGAUGCUGCGGCUCUACAAACUGCACAUGCCCGAGGACCUCUACCAUUUCUGGGACUUCUGCGAGGAAAUUCGCCCAGACAACCCCUGUGGUGCCCUGCAAGACACACUUGGUUUGCAGCUGGUUGGUCCUUUUGAAGUCUUGGCAGGAGCUCAUCGAAACUGCAAGAAUGCUUCUGCUAACUUCCACCUGCACUGGAGAUAUUUCUACGACCCGCCCGAGUUCCAGACCAUUCUACAAGGCAGCCAGGAAAGCCAACAUCAUAUGGGCUACUACAGAGAUAAUCCCGACUCCCUUCCCUCCUUUGUGGGCGAGAAUGAAGCUAAGAAGGGCUGCGCUAUAACACAGAUGGGCGACAACGUGUUUGCCGCCGUCCACCUGUUCCUGCGAAGGAAGAAGAAGAAGAAGGAGAAGGGCAGGCAGAAAACGGGGGAAGAAGAUUUGGAAAGGCUGGAGACAAAACUGAAUGAGCGAGCGGAGACUCUCAACUUGUCGCUAGAGCAGAGGACCAAAAGCAUGAAGCAGCGGGACAAGAAGGUUGUCACCAAAACAUUCCACGGUGCUGGAAUUGUCGUGCCCGUCGACAAGAACGAUGUGGGAUACAGAGAACUUCCAGAAACCGACGCCGCUCUGAAAAAGAUCUGCAAGGCCAUCGCCGAAGCUCAGAACGACGACGAGCGCGUCAAAGCCUUCCGCCCGCUCCAGGAGAUGAUCACCUUUGUCCAGUUUGCCAACGACGAGUGCGACUACGGCAUGGGCUACGAGCUCGGCGUGGACCUUUUCUGUUUCGGUUCCCACUACUUCCACAAGGUUAUCAAGCAACUUCUGCCCAUGGCCUACAAUUUGCUGAAAAGGAAUUUGUUCGGAGAGAUUCUGGAGGCGCAUCUCGGCAGCCGUCGCCGCGACAACCUGGACCAGCUCUCGUCCGGUUAAAUGAGUCACGAUUCCAGUCGCUAACAGUCCCCUGCCACGUGAUCUCUCGUUUCGUCAACCCUGGUUGCAUCGGUGCUGCUUUUAUGAAUAGUUUCUGUUCAGUUUUUGUUUUGUUUUUGUUUUUUUUCUUCCCCCCCUCUCCAAUGUCAAAUAAAGUAUUUUUUUAUAUUUUUAA